AUGGGAAAAUUCUACGCGUCCAAAAAAUCUUUUUCUUCCAUUGGCAAAGCUCAGGACCAAAUACCAGAAAUGGAAAGUUUUUACUCUUGUCCUCUCUGUGGGAAAAGUUACACAUAUUGCACUAGCAGAGAUACACACUAUGAAAAAUGUAAACUUAUGUAUAAUAGCAAAUCUAUGGACAAUAAACGACUUUACAAAUGCCCGAAAUGUGGAAAGCCUUACAAAAAUUCUGGAAGUAUAGCAAAUCAUCUGCGAUUGGAAUGCGGAAAGGAGCCUCAAUUUCGUUGCACAUUAUGCGAUUAUACAUCCUAUCAGAAAUUUCAUUAUCAAAGACAUUAUUCAUCUAAACAUAAUUUGGACAUUACUGAGUCUUCAUCUAAGUCAAAUUUACAAGGGAUACUGCCAGUUACCUAUAGUGAUCAGUCUGAUCCAAAUAACCAGUUUUUUGGUCACUAUUCAGAUGAGACAUAUAACUAUGGAUCAGGAUUUGGUGCUGAAUCUGAUUUUUGGAACCAUCAACAACAUCAAAGAUCUGAAUUAAAAAAGCUUCAUACUUGUUCUCGUUGUCUGGGAAAAUUUUCUUCGUCCAGAAGUUUUUGGAACCAUCAACGAUAUCAGUGUGGAAAACCAGCAUCGAAUAAAUGUGAAAAAUGCGACUAUAGAACUAUUUUGAAAUACAAUUUGAAAAGACACAUGUUGACUAAGCAUAGUUAA